AUGGGCUGCGGCGGGAGCAGGGCCGAUGCCAUCGAGCCCCGCUACUAUGAGAGCUGGACCCGGGAGACCGAGUCCACCUGGCUCACCUACACUGACUCGGAUACGCCGCCCAGCAACGCCGCCCCCGACAGCGGCCCCGAGGCGGGCGGCCUGCACGCCGGGGUGCUGGAAGAUGGCCUGUCCUCCAAUGGUGUGCCCCGAUCGACAGCCCCAGGUGGAAAGUGCAACCCAGAGAAGAAGAUGAGCUGUGGGACCCAGUGCCCAAAUCCUCAGAGCCUCGGCUCAGGCACUCUGACUCAGAAACAGAAUGGCCUUCGAACCACAGAGACUAAAAGAGAUGCUAAGCGAAUGCCUGCAAAAGAAGUCACCAUUAAUGUUGCAGACAGCAUCCGGCAGGUGGACAGAAGUCGAAGAAUCACAAAGAACUGCAUCAACUAGCAGAGUGUCUAACUAGAAGGGCAGAUGGACUUCUCUGGUGCCCAUCACAUACCAAUCCCACCAAGGAACCUUGAAGAAGUGGGUGCCCCCUGCUGAACGUGACCACUGCUGAGUGCCUUGAGGGACUGUCUUACCUGGCAGCCGACAGCUGCCUGAGCUGUUGGGACAUUCUCAGCCUCCUGUUAUUCACGUAAAUGAAUUGGCAGUACUCACACAUGGUAAUAAAUUGCAAAUGAGCAGUUAGGUUUGCUAGUUUGCAGCACCUGCACUUAGGUCUGAUUUAGAAGUGCUGAGCUAAAGCCACAGGCCAUUUAUGAAGCAGAGGAAAUAGAAGGGGUGGAUUCCGGGAAUGAGAGGGUCACACAUCAGCUCCACGCU